CGAUUCAACGUAAUUUCUCCUUUUUCCAUCACAACGGGAAUGAAAUAUGUCGUCCUUCGAAGCCAAUUCUCCCUUUUCACUUUUAAUACUUUCCCUGUGUAAUUACCACCGGAAUAAAAGCGUUCUUCGGUUAAUGAGUUUUUAAUUGGAUUUGAGUAGCAAAAGCCGAUAAAAUUUUAACUGCAACUUUCAAUUCAUUUGAUAAUUAUUACAUUUUUUUUUCUUUUGUGCAAUUAUGGCUUCAUUAUCCGAAAUUGAUGAAUAUUAUGAUGUUGCUGUUGAGCUGGCUCGUGCUGCAGGAGAGGUUAUUAGAAAAGCCAUUGAUGAAAAGAAAAAUGUGGAAACCAAGGAAAGCAAUGUAGAUUUAGUCACAGAAACAGAUAAAAAAAUUGAAGAACUAUUAAAAGUUGGAUUUUCAUCUAAGUUUCCGGAUCACUGUUUUAUAGGAGAAGAAAGUGAAGGUAGUAAAUUGACAGAUGCUCCAACAUGGAUUAUUGAUCCAGUAGAUGGAACAAUGAAUUUUGUGCACCGUUUUCCUUAUAAUGCAAUAUCAAUAGGUUUGGCUGUGAAUAAGCAAAUCGUGCUUGGUGUAGUGUAUAAUCCCAUUCUUGACAGAAUGUACACUGGCAUCAAAGGUAAAGGUGCAUUUCUCAAUGGUAAAAGACUGCAAGUUUCUAAUGUUGAAGAAUUAUCUCAAGCUCUAGUUAUUACUGAAUUUGGAAGUACUCGAACUGAAGAAAACAUGAAUCAACUCUUUACAAAUAUUAAGAAUAUUGUUCAUAAAGCUCAUGGAGUCCGUAUGAUGGGUUCUGCUGCUUUGAAUAUGUGUGCAGUAGCUGCCGGAGAGGCGGAUGCCUAUUUUGAGUACACUAUCCAUUGUUGGGACAUGGCUGCUGGCAAAAUCAUAGUGGAAGAAGCUGGGGGGACAUGCAUUGACCCAGAAGGAGGUGAUCUGGAUAUCAUGUCAAGAAGGGUGAUAUGCGCUUCCUCUUCAACAUUAGCCAAAGUCCUUUCUAAGGAGCUUAAACAUAUCCAGUUCCCAAAGGAUGAGUAACUUACCAUGAGAAAAGCUAUGUGUAAUUUUUUUUCAUUUAAUUGAAUUUUUUUAGUCAUUAAAGCAAAUUUUAUUAUAGAAACAAAAUAUGUGUGAAUAAUUUUUUUGAUCAAAUGUAUUUCGUGAUGUUAUUGUUCGUUAAAAAAAUGACUGUCUUUAAAUGUUAGUAUUUUUUUAAUGUACUUAAAUGGAGAUCUCCAUCUAUUUGUUAACUCAGAUUGUUACUGAUUUAUUUUAGACAUAGAGUUACAAUUUUGGUAAAAUUUUCCAUUAAAAAAUAGUGAAACUGAGGCAAUGCUGUGAUUUUUAUUUAAAUAUUCCAGUAAAAAUGCUGUUGUCACACAUAAGUCAAUACUUAUUUAUCUAUUAAAUUUUGAACUAUUUUGCUGUACUUCAAAGUAAUAAAAUAACAAGUUUUUUUUUAUAUGUUUUAUAAUGAAAGUGAAAAUUAUCUUUUUAUGAUUUCUGUUCAAAUUAUUGAUAUGUUAGGAAAAUUACAUUUUUCUUCAGAUAACAGUUCAGUUGCAUUCUUAGCAUUGUUUCAGCAUAAUGAACCAUCAAAUGCAAAAUCAAAUGUGCAUGUAGUGCAUGCAAAUUCAAUACAAGAAUCAAAUAUACGUAUAGCAGAACCUUAUUUUAUGAUGCUUGUUAUUUAAUGGCUUUGUCAAGUCCAGUUUUCGAUGACGUUGUAUUCAAUUUUGGAUUCUAUAAUUUGGUUUUAAAAAUAAUGAAUGUUAAGAGUUGUGAUUGUUAGAUUAACACUCUAUUAUUUUAGUCUUAAUACCACAUAGUAUUACUACCUCUGUGGUUUACAUUUGAUCAUUAUAUGGACUCCAUUUAAAUCAUCUCUUAUAUUAUAAUAUUUGAUUUUUUUCCCCCUUUUAAUUUUAUUUGCAUCAGUAACUAGUCCAUUCUGAUGAUUUGCAUGUUUAUUUAUGUAAAAAUACUAUUGUUAUUGUGGAUUUGUUAAAGCUUUAUAUUGUUAAAUCAAUGUAUAAUCUUAGAAAUGGCUGUGGCUUUAUACUAAAGAUGGUCUGCUGCAAAUUGCAAAUGCUUCUAAAUAUGAAAUGUUUUUUCAAUAAAAUAAUAAUCAUUAUAAAAAAUAAUUUUGCUUAUUUGGUGUACAUUUUGUUAUUGAAAAAAGCUGUUUGAUUUUUGUUAUAUACACUAACAUACAUAUUCUAGUAUUAAAAUCAUCAACAAUGUAGUCGUAAAUUAUGACUUUUAACCUGGGUGGAUUUUUGGAGAGGCAGUGGUGGUGGUACAAAUGAAAUAUUUAUUGCAUAUGAUAUGUAAUUGUUUUAAUAAUCAUGACUUAAUAAAAUAUCAAUAUAAAAAUGCA